CUUUCAACUAGUUCCAUUACUACAAGAGAAGAAGUUAGUCUAGUCGAUAGUUGUGCAAACAAAUAUCUUUCAAGACACAAAGACGAUUUUAGUGAAAUAACUAUGAGAACUUGUAGGAUUACUGGUAGCGCUGGAAGUAAAGACGGAAGAGUAGGAAAACUAAAGUCAAACAUCUUAGGGCUCCAGUAUGGUGUUUAUUAUGAUUCACUACCAAAGGACUUAGAUCGUAUUAUACCUUGGUUAGGUGAAGGGAACUGCUCGCAAUUAGGAUGGGAAUUCAACUUCAAAGGCGCAGGUGGUUGUCUCGUACAUACGGACACCGGCCAGGCCAUACCCAUAAGAAGUCAUCCACGCUUGCAGCUUCCCAUACUUGCAUGCAACUUAUUUAAAGAAGAGACUGAUAGUGGUUAUAUUUGUUCAACAGUAGAAGAAGGAGUCAGUAGUUGUUACCUUACAAGACUCGAACUUCAUAGAAGAUGUGGGCACUUUCAUAUAGAUGGCCUCCAGGUAAAUUGCCCUGAGUGUGAUCUACAUAAAGGCCAACGCGCACCACAUGCAAAAGCUAGAGAUACUUCGAACUACAAACCUGAACCAUUGAAGUUACUAGCAAUCGACUUUGCUGUUGGAAUCAAACCCGUAUCAGUCAGGUCAAAGAGAUGUGUAUUAGUGAUCAUCUGUGAUGUAAUUAAGAAGGUGUUCUGUCGACCGCUUAAGCUGAAAAGUGACUGUGUGGAGGAAAUAGAAGAAGUUAUCAAAGGCAUUCGCCAGGACUACUCCUUAUCACUUGAUGACAAGGUAGUGUGGUUCCUCCGGAGGGAUGGAGAACCUGUCCUGAGCAGUGAUGACAUGACCAAAGUUAUGCAAUCGCUGCGAGUCUCAGACAGUCCGGCUGUUCCUUAUAAUCCGGAGAUGAAUGGGACCUGCGAACGUUUUAUGCGGACUUUGUUCGGCAGUGUACGCACAAUGCUGACUAAAGUUGAUAAACGCCUCUGGUGUUACUGCGUCGAGUACGCUGGUGACUGCUGGGAUCGUUUACCGCAUAACUAUGCAAAAAUGCCUCAACAUGAUGGAAAGAGUCCAAUUGAAAUCUUAGAAGAAAGGACUGGUAGAAACUCAUCGAAGAGUUCAAUCGGCAUGCUCCGCCGAUUUGGUUGUCUAGUUUACUUUCGUGAACAAAUUCAAGCCAACACUCCUGAACCCAAGCUCUCGGCCAAGUACCGCCGUGGCGUCUUCCUUGGACUCUGUCCGAAGUCGUCUGGUUGGUUGGUUGGAACUUUCGCUCAUGACGAUCGUUGCAAGCUUGGACAUCGAUGGGCGGAAUACUCUACCCUAGAUGUAAAGUUCAGAGAGGACUAUCUAAUUAAAAAUAUCGAUUGGCUUUUGCCAGAUCAGAAGGGCAUCUACAUUGAGUAUGACGAACUGGAAAAUCUGCAGAGUGGCGCGUCGUCGCUGGGCUCCCCCUUGCUUGGACAGUCAGUGCAAAGGCUGGAUCAUCAAUCGGGGUUCUCUGGCACGGAGCACAUUCCAGGUGGACCGACCGCGAUUUCCGACGAAUUAUUUAUUGAGACACUGGAUAAAGUAGAGGAAUCCAACGCAGCUGACUCUCCAAAAGGUGUUUCACUUGAGGAGGGGAAUGCUGAAGCGAAGGAUCGCGAGACAUCUGCUCCGCUAAGUCCGUCUAAGUCGAAAGCGCCUUCUCCAGCACGUGUUGUGGCAGGCGAACGCCGUACACACGUCAAGAAGCGUGGCCGACCAAAAGGAGCGAAGGACAAAGCAGGCAGCAGGGUUCGAAGAACAAAGAAACAGUUAGAAGAACUGAGAAAGAAUGUGGCGCUGUUCGCUAGUGCAGUAGGUGGCACGUGUGAAUUAGACGAAGAUGAGGAAUUCGUCGAAUCAUAUGUGAUUUUGUCCGUUGCUCAAGCACUCAAGUCUCCUGAUGCCGACAAAUGGCGGGAGGUUAUUGACAAAGAGCAUGCGAGACUACUAGCCUUUGAAACGUGGAAAGAAGCUUCUGACGAGGAGCUUGCGACCGCGCGACAGGCUCUACCAAUUGCCAUAAUUCUAACUAUUAAAAGAUGUGGAAGAUACAAGGCUCGCGCUUGUGUCCUCGGUAAUCUAGAUCGUUCAGGAGAGCUAAACACCUUUGCUCCCGUAGUUUCACACGCCGCUAAUAGGCUGCUCCUGACAUCUGCUGCGUCAGAACAGGACUAUGUGAUCCCGUUCGAUUUAGAUUCUGCGUUCCUCAAUGCUGAACUCGAUCGCGAUGUCUUCUGCCGUCUCCCACCCAUCUGGGCAGAGAAGCAUGGACGCGAGAUCGUGAAGCUCAAGAAGGCCUUAUACGGCUUGAAGGACGCACCACGAGCAUGGUUCAAGAAAUAUCACGACAUACUAGCCAGUAUUGGCUGGGAGCCGUGUGAUUCUGCGCCAGGCUUAUGGAGAAAGCCGAGUGCGAAGGUACCUGGGAAGUUCCUCAAGAUGUCAGUCUAUGUUGAUGACAAUCUUGCAACGGGUCCUGAUCUUGAUGAGCUCAAGACCGAACUAGAACUCAUCUUCUCGCGUGCCCCUGGCCGUGCGAUUGAUGUGGAGUCCGUUCCAACCCCUUGGGGUCAAACGUGGCUCAGGUUCGACUUCUUAGGUGCCAUCGUGUACUACUGCCGUGAAGCUCGAACAUUUCGGCUCAAUAUGGAGGAGUACAUUGAUAAAAUCGCAAAGAAAUUCGAAAUUGAUGUCGGAAAACCGGUUUACUCGCCCAAUUUUGACGAGUCGGCUUUUCUUGAGGAGGGGAUCAAGAUAGUCGAAGGGUAUCCCUUUCGUGAGGUAGUUGGUGCCUUGCUAUGGGUAGCUGUAACCGCGCGCCCGGACAUUUCUGUACCGGUGGCAGCAUUGGCUAGACAUGUCAGCAAACCCGCGUCAACAAGAAUGGUUAAAGCAGCCAGAAAAGUGCUAAAGUAUCUGGUGACAACGAGAGACCAAGGACUGGAAUACUCACCAGAGCAAGAAGAAGAAUUCAAUAGAAUCUAUUCAAAGUUACUACCUGAAGGCAGAGAUAUGCCAGAGGUGAAUAUCUUUAGUGAUGCAGGUUUCGCCAACUGCGUAAAGACUAUGAGAAGUACAAGUGGAUCGAUCAUGUAUUUCAAAGGCGUUCCAAUUGCUUGGAGAAGUAACCGACAAACUGUCCGUGCCUAUUCUACGGCUGAAAGUGAAUAUAUUGCAGCUUCUGACACUAUUGUGCUUAGUGAACUGCAUGACUUUACAGACUUCUAUAGGCCUCUACCAACUCAGUUGGUACACACACAGAACGGCUUGUCUCCCUCUUUAGACAAUGCUGUGCUCUGGAUCGACAACCAAUCCGCGAUCACAACAGCCAAAGCAACUGACACACGCCCGAAGAGUCGCCAUUAUGCACUUCGCUACUUGCGUGUGCGUGAUGCGGCCAGUAAGAUAGUUUUCUGUCCAACUAACUUAAUGAAGGCUGAUGGCUUAACUAAGUUAGAAUGUAGUUCGUCUCAACGUAGACUACUACUUCACCAUAUAGAUAACCCGAUAACUAAAGUUGAGCAUGAUGAUUGUGAUUCCUCAGACGAUGAAACGAAUGGGGAUGAUUUAGCUUACUAUAGUGUAGUAUAUUCGGUUUAUUUUGGUUUCUAGCCGAGUAUACCGUAGCCAUAGAAGAGCAGCUAGGAGAUAUGACUUCCGUGGUAGUCCAGAGACUAGGGACUUCGACACGCAACGAUUGAGGAGGGGUGUUGGUCAAGGUCAUAAUCCUCGAAAUGUCACAAAGAUCACAAGGAUGAAGAUCAGCAAAAUGACCAAGAUCGCCAGGCAAAAGGUUACCGGAGCACC